AUGCGAAAGUAAAAAGAAUAUUAAGCCCAGAAAUCGCCUUUUUUAUUUUAAUUAAGUUUUAAGGGAACAACUGACCCGUUAAUGGCGAUUUCUAAAAAGAAUGUCGGUUCACAUCCAGAGAGAAUAGAACCUUUGUGUAUAACCCCUUUUCAACCUCUGUUAAGCUUCUUCUCCGCUCUUAGUUUCUCCUUCUUGCGUUUGGUAUCUGUCACUCUUUCUCUCUCUAUCUCUUGGAUUUUUUAUUUUUCUCUUUGUUUUUUCAAGAGCUUGAAGCUGAGCUCAUUUAUGGAAGAAAGAGGCAGGGUUUCGGAUUUACCGGCCUGCAAAAUCCCUAAUUUACUUUCCUUCUCAGUCAUUUUACUGCUUCUGAGCUUCAACUUCGUAGCAGCAGCUCAAGAACCAGAGCUCGAUUUACAGGUUGAAGACAGAGAUUCUCUUCUCAGGUUCAGAUCCUCCAUUAACGACCCAAAGCAAAGUUUGGCGAGGUGGGUUGGGUUCAAAUGUAGCAACUGGACCGGAAUCGCCUGCGAAAACCGUACUGGGAGAGUCGUUUCCAUCAAUCUUAGAUCAUUCAAUCUCUCCGGACUGAUCGAUUCCAGUUUGUGUCAACUUUCCAUGCUCGAAACCCUAAUUCUGUCUCACAACAACUUCUCCGGUUCUAUUCCUGCCUGUUUUGGGAAUCUUCAAGGUCUAAAAACCCUAAAUCUUGGCAACAAUGCGCUUCGAGGUGGUGUUCCUGAUGAGCUCAUGAAGCUUCGGCAACUUGAAGAAUUGGUGCUGAGAGAAAAUUAUGAUCUGGGAGGCCCCAUUCCAGGUUGGAUUGGGAAUUUCUCUGAUAAGCUUCGGAAGCUCGACUUGGGGAUGAAUUCGUUUCGAGGGGAGAUUUCUGAGAACUUAUUCUACCUUGAAUCGCUGAAGUAUUUGGAUAUCUCCAACAAUCUGCUGUUCGGGCCCCUGCGUGAUUUUCAUCAAACCUUGGUUCAUCUCAAUCUCGCUUCAAACGGGUUCUCGGGGACAGUUCCUUGCUUCUUUUCUGCUGCUCAAUCUCUCACAGUUCUCAAUCUCGCUAACAACUCCAUUGUGGGAGGAAUCCCCACUUGUCUUUCUGCUAUUAAAGCAUUAACAGAGCUGAAAUUGGCCUUCAAUGGUCUUAAGUACGGAAUUUCUCCGAUGCUCAUGUUUUCAGACAAGCUUCUCGUUUUGGACCUGAGUUACAACAAUCUAUCGGGUUCUCUGCCAACCAAAAUUGCAGAAACAACAGAGAAAUCAGGUCUUGUGCUUCUCGAUCUUUCGAACAAUCUAUUCUCGGGUGAAAUUCCGCUGGGUAUUACUGAGCUUAAGAGCUUGCAAGGACUGUUUCUGUCUCACAACCUCCUUACGGGAGAAAUUCCAGCAAGGAUAGGAAACCUGACUUAUCUUCAAGCGAUUGAUCUCUCUUACAAUGAAUUAUCAGGUUCAAUUCCUCUCAACAUUGUUGGGUGCUUUCAGUUACUCGAACUGAAGCUCAAUAACAACAAUCUCUCCGGUGAAAUUCAACCAGAGCUCGACGCAUUAGACAGUCUGAAGAUAUUUGAUAUCAGCAACAACAAGAUCUCCGGCGAGAUUCCGCUCACAUUAGCAGGUUGCAAGUCACUCGAGAUUGUGGACCUCAGCUUCAACAAUCUCACUGGCACAUUAAACGAUGCAAUCCUUAAAUGGUCUAACCUCAGGUUCCUCUCCCUUGCUCGAAACAACUUCAAUGGUGUCCUGCCAAAUUGGUUGUUUUCAUUCGAAUCAGUUCAAUCAAUUGAUCUAUCGGGCAACAAUUUCUCCGGCUUUAUACCAGAUGGAAACUUCAACAUCAGCUCAUAUUUCAACAAUCGCCAAGUAAGCAGCGGCAGCAGCAGAACCUACGAGCUUGAAAUUAAGGUUUCUGCAAAUGCUGCAGGAGGAAACAAUGAAUUGGGUUUCAGUUACAAUCUCUUAUCUGCAGUCGGAAUCGAUUUAUCCGCAAAUUUCCUCCAUGGCGAGAUUCCAGUAGGUCUGUUUGGAUUACAGGGUCUGGAGUACUUGAAUCUAUCAUACAAUUACCUUGUGGGUCAGAUUCCGGGAAGCUUAGAGAAAAUGUGGAGGUUAAAGACUUUGGAUUUGUCCCAUAAUUCGAUAUCGGGACAGAUUCCGGCGAGCAUUUCAGGGCUUCGGGAUCUGACAUUUUUGAAUCUGUCCUACAACUGCUUGUCUGGGUUUGUACCGAGGGAGCAAAGGUUUUGGAGGUUUCCGGGAGCAUUUGCCGGAAACCCAGACUUAUGUGUGGAUCUGACCAGCCAAGGGUGUCAACGGGGGAAUUUUCCUGUGGCAUCAAGUAGGAUGUUUGAGGGAGAAAGGGAUGAGGGACUGAUUUCUUUUACGGCUUUCUAUGUAAGUGCUUUAGUUAGUUUUUAUGUUGGUAUUAUUCUUCUGUGUUGCUCUGCUCGAGUAAGGAAAUACAUUCUCCAGCCCCUGAACCCGGAAUAUUUAUAACAUAGUUCUGUUAUCAAGUGAUUGCACUGUAAAUAUUCAGUUUCCAUUGUGUUCUUUCUUUUUGAACUUUUGUUUUAAGUUGAGCAUUGUGGUUUGUGGGUAACAUGAUCCCAGUCCCAAGUUUAACUUCAGCUUGCAUGCAUUCAGUUUGGAUCUGCCACCAACGAAGCUUCUGACAUUAUCUAUGUCUCCCAUUCUCAGACAUGAUUGCCGUCUCAUAGGUAUGACCACAUCAACGAGUAAGAGACAUGUUUGAGAUGUCAUGUUGGAAGUUUUGUUGCUAACAUCUUGUUAUAUGCAAAUUUGAAUCAAAUGAAAUGCCUUUUCCUUUUUC